CUCCUCCUUCCCACCACCUUCUCUCCUGGUUCCUAAUUGUAGAAAACUAAGUGGAAAAUCAGCACACCUUCCCAUUUCUCUCUCCUCUAUCUUCUAUCCUCUCUUUUUUCUCAUCUCUCUCUCUCUGGGCAGCCGCCACUACGCCACCGCCCAGCCAGCUGCACGAAGACUUUCUAUGGCUGAAACCAUCAUCUCAUAAAAAUAGCCAGAGGAGAUAUUCUAUGGUUGAGUGUUCCAGAUAUUGCUUCAUUUGAGAUCUAGUAAAUUUUCUUACAAUUAUUAGGGUUGUAUUUGGACGUAAGCGUUGGAAUUGAUUAUAUAAGGAGAGAGGCGAAACCAACUUGAACUCCAUUCAAUUAAUCAGAUUUCGGAAGAUCUACUUUUUUUUGUUGAGGCAGGUUUUCUUGUGCUCCCAGAUGGGGAUAUUUGAAGAAAUGGGUUUCUGUGGUAAUUUUGAGUUUAUCUCGGCUCCUACUGGGGAAGGAGAUGUGGCACCUGAAGCUGAUCCAGAGGCAAGCAUGGAGGAGGAUUUUAGUGAUGAGGAGGUGGAUGUUGAUGAGCUUGAGAGAAGGAUGUGGAAAGACAGAAUGCUCUGGAAGCGGGUUAAAGAACAUAAAAAGGGUAAGGAGGGAGUUGAGGACGCAAAGCAACGCCAAUCCCAAGAGCAAGCACGAAGAAAGAAAAUGUCUCGGGCACAAGAUGGUAUCCUAAAAUACAUGCUGAAAAUGAUGGAAGUCUGUAAAGCUCAGGGUUUUGUGUAUGGUAUAAUCCCAGAGAAAGGCAAACCAGUUAGUGGGGCCUCUGACAAUCUUCGUGCAUGGUGGAAGGAAAAAGUCCGUUUCGAUAGGAAUGGCCCUGCUGCUAUCGCCAAGUACCAGGCAGACCAUUCAAUUCCUGGGAAGAAUGAAGACUGCAGCGCAGUGGCCUCCACUCCUCACACCUUGCAAGAGCUCCAGGACACUACGCUUGGCUCCCUUUUGUCUGCUCUGAUGCAGCAUUGUGACCCACCCCAGAGGCGGUUCCCCCUGGAGAAGGGUGUUGCCCCACCAUGGUGGCCUACUGGACAUGAGGAGUGGUGGCCUCAAUUGGGUCUACCCAAGGAUCAAGGGUCGCCUCCAUACAAGAAACCUCAUGAUUUGAAGAAGGCCUGGAAGGUGAGUGUUCUAACAGCAGUGAUCAAACACAUGUCUCCUGACAUCGCCAAGAUUCGCAAGCUUGUGCGGCAGUCUAAAUGCUUGCAGGAUAAGAUGACAGCCAAGGAGAGUGCUACUUGGCUUGCUAUCAUUAACCAAGAGGAGGCUCUGUCCCGGAAGCUGUAUCCUGAUAGCUGCACACCAGCAUCCUUUGCUGCGGGCAAUGGGUCAUAUCUUAUCAGCGACACUAGUGACUAUGAUGUUGAAGGAGUGGAUGAUGACGAAAACGAUGAAGUGAGGGAAUGCAAGCCCCGUGAUGUCAAUCUCUUUAACCCAGAGAUGGGGGUUCCAAAGGAAAGGUUUAUGGUGCCACCAUUGGUUCCGGUUAAGGGAGAGCAUGUUGAUAUAAGCUCGGAUUUCAUCCAGAAGAGGAAGCAGCCAUAUGAUGAGCAUCACGUGAUGAUGGAUCAAAAGAUAUACCCUUGUGAAUACCUCAAGUGCCCUUAUAAUUAUUAUCGCUUAGGGUUUCAUGACAGGACUUCAAGAAACAAUCACCAGUUGAAUUGCCCAUACCGAAGUAGUUCUUCUGAAGGUCUUGGCAUGCCAAACUUUCAAAGUAACAAUGACAAACCUGUCGCCUUCUCGAUGCCUUUCGCUCAACCGAACCCAGCUGCUCAACCAGUGAACCAGGCUCCCCCUUCUUUCAAUCUCUCUGGACUUGGACUUCCGGAAGAUGGGCAAAGGAUGAUUUCUGAUCUUAUGUCUGUAUACGAUAACAAUCAGCUGAACAGGGGCUUGAAUUCUGGGAAUCUUAGUGUUUUAGAAGAUCAAAAUCUGCAUCAGCAGAGAUUUCAUGUUCAAGUGGAUGAUGGCUUCUUUGGACAGGGUGGUCCAGUGGGAGGCAACAUGUCUCAAGAAACCAACAUGGCCUUGAAUCAUUCUAUUGUCCCAUCAACAGAUAUCCAUUUUGAUCAAUGUAAAUCAUCGUUUGAUUCCGCGCUUGAUACCAACCCAAAUGGAAAUAUUGCUGACUUUCGAUUUGGUUCCCCAUUCAGCAUGGGAUCAGUUGACAAUUACAUGGAUCCAUUUCCAAAGCAAGAUGUAUCCAUGUGGUACCUUUGAAGAAAUCAGCAGGACUUGUAUCUUAUUGCUCUUAAGGAGUUCUGACAAAGGAUGAAAUGGCUGAAUAUUCUCAGGAAGGUCAUUGUUGCAUUGUCUUGCUCUAAAUAGGUGAUGCUGCUUCUCUUUGUAGUAGGUUAUUAUGUUGGUUAUCAUAGAUGUUUAAGAACUGUAUGGAACUGGGUUUUGCUUCUCCAAAUGUUUGAAUAUAGGUCUGCUUUGGUUGCUUUCGUCGCAUUACAGAAGAGAGGAAAAUAAAUAACUGGGAAGGAACCCACCCCUUUUUCUGUAAUGCUUUUGAACUGGUUAGGGACAGUUUAUUGUUCCAGAAGUUGAAGUUGCAUGUAGUUGUAUUAUAUUUGCUGUAGCAAAACUAGUGUGAGUUUUAUUUAUGUUUCUGAAUUACUAGAUAAGAACCCAAUGAGAGUUUAUAUUAGUAUGGUGCUUCAUGUAUAAGGAAACCUCAUAAAUAUUUUGCACUUGGGCUUCUUUAAUCACCCUUAAAUUACUC